AUGACCCUCCAAUUUCCAGUCCAAGAGGUUUCUCCUUACCUACCGAAAAAAGAGGCCGACUCCAUUCCUCUCUCAAUGUCACAACUCCCAAGUGUUCUACAACUCUUCUCAAUCUCUGAAGAUUCUACUCAAGCCAAAUCGAUGAUAAGAACACUUGAAGAAUGCGAAGGAGAAAGCAUUACAGGAGAGACAAAGAUAUGUGCCAAUUCUCUAGAGUCAAUGCUCGUAUUCGUUAACACAAUCAUUGGUUCAGACACCAAACAUAAAAGUAUUCUCAGUACCAGCAAGCCGUCACCUACAGCUACUCCUCUACAGAAGUACACCAUUUUGGAAGUAUCACAUGACAUUCAUGCUCCUAAAUGGGUAGCUUGCCAUCCCCUACCAUAUCCCUAUGCAAUUCACUAUUGCCAUUACAUAGCUACAGGGACUAAAGUGUUCAAAGUCACACUUGUUGGUGAUGAGAAUGGAGACAAGAUGGAAGCUCUUGGCAUUUGUCAUUUGGAUACAUCUGAUUGGAACCCAGAUCAUAUUGUAUUUAGACAGCUUGGAAUUAAGGCUGGGAAGAAUACUCCAGUGUGUCACUUUUUUCCUGUAAACCAUCUUUUGUGGGUUCCUGUGGAGCCUUCAAAAGCCACCAUGUGA